AUGAGGACCACCUUGAGUAGAUUCGCGAGGAGAUCUGUGGUUGACGACGCUCUCGUGUCAGCGUCCGACUGCAGGGGAGGACAUCCCGCGAGCACAAAGAGUUCCUCGGAUACGAUUAUUAGGGGCAAUCGGCGCCUAGAUUGCCUCCCACCGCCGAAAACGCCCUCCGCCCGACCUCGGAGUCGUCUCUCACUCGAGCCUGACGAAUCCGCUGCUCCCGACGGAUCCGCUGCUCCCGACGAAUCCACUGCUCCCGGAGAAUCCACUAUCAAUGCACCUUCACUCCCGGAACAAAACACACCCAGGACACGGGAAUACCCUUUUGGGCUGCUCACUCCUUACGCGGUGACAAAUGCUAUACGGACCAAUUGUCCACCACUAGGCAGUAUGCUAUACUCUUCUUGGGUAAACUCAGGAGAAUACACUAAGUUUCCUCGUAUACCAGAUUGCCAGAAAUUGCAGCAUCAGCUGCAACAGCAGUCCCGCAACUUGUAUCCCAGUUUGCAAGUAGGGCUUGGAUAUCCCCGUGCAACAAGCCCCGCUAGUGUACACCCUGAUGCUGGGAGUGCAACAAGCACCGCUACUGUAUACCCCGAUGUUGGGCGUGCAAUCUUUCCACAAUUAUUUGGAAACCUACCCCAAAAGGUUGAGGCUAUCUCAAGUCCCACAAAGGAUGAUGCUUCUUCAAAAGACCGAUUUGACCCCACGCUGAACGGCGACCAAAUGCUCAGUCACCUCGGACGCCGCAAGCACAGGGAGCUCAACUUACUUCUCAAUGACGGACCGGCCCCCAGCGGGAUUCCUCGAAGGGUCAACUCCGGAUCCAGAAGAAGGCACGAAUGGAUCUCACUACCCACUACUAGCCACGCCCUUGGGACGCAAAGCAGGGUGGACCACAACGUACACAGGAUUGCCCCGCUCCACACGCAGGGCAGGAUGGACCGGCUUCUCAAAGGCAUUGCAGUCGGUUUUCCCAUCCCGAAAGGCGACAGCGCAUACGGUUACAGCGCCUGA